UGUUCAUGACGCUGAUUGGCUAGGAGGGCGCGAAGGUCAGGUGAUGGGCCGGUAGUGGCUAGGGGUCAGAUGGCGGCGUCCAGAGGAAAUUGAAUUUACCAAGCAGUGGGAGAAGCGUGCAGGAGAAUCCAGUGCAAACGUCCCAACAGGGAGAGGUUGUGGGCUCUCUUUUUCACCCCUUGGGUCCCCUCCUCGAUUGAUCCCUGUCGCCGCCCAAAGGUGCCAUGUGGCGAAGCUGCUUUCGGCUCGGGGCUGGUGGCGGGAGCUUCCCACGCCGUCCUUGCCUUCUCCCUGCCGCCUCCUUAGGACCGGGGGACCAGGCCGGGCCGGCCCCGGGGCUCUCGCUCCUCCGCCGGGCUUACGCCCCCCCCCGCAGGAAGAAGUUUUAUCAGAAUGUCACCAUUACCCAAGGUGAAGGCGGAUAUGAGAUAAACCUGGACCACAGAAAACUGAAAACUCCCAAUGCCAAGCUCUUUUCUGUUCCCAGCGAAGCACUGGCUGUUGCUGUGGCUACUGAGUGGGAUUCCCAGCAAGACACUAUCAAGUUCUACACGAUGCAUUUGACCACACUGUGUAACACAUCUUUAGACAACCCAUCUCAACGAAACAAAGAUCAGCUUAUCCAAGCUUCUAUGAAGUUUCUGGACACAGACACGAUCUGCUACAGGGUGGAGGAGCCAGAGACAUUAGUGGAACUUCAAAAGAAUGAGUGGGAUCCCGUUAUAGACUGGGCAGAAAAAAGAUAUGAUGUGAAGAUUGGAUCUUCUACAAACAUCAUGGGGCCUGAUAUCCCGGCCAAGACUAAAGAUACUUUCAUCAGUCAUUUAGCAUCGUAUAACAUGUGGGCCUUGCAAGGUAUAGAAUUUGUGGUCACCCAGUUGAAGUCCAUGGUUUUGUCCUUGGGAUUGAUUGACAGGUACCUUACAGUAGAAAAGGCCGUCCUACUAUCUCGCCUGGAAGAAGAGUACCAGGUAUAUCAGAAAUGGGGCAAUGUGGAAUGGGCCCAUGACUAUGAACUACAGGAAUUGCGGUCGACUGAGUGGGACACUUUUUGUUCCCUUUGUUCAGAAAGUUCCACAGUAAAACACAAACUCCUGCAGGAUUGAAGUUCUCUUACUGAAUUCUGUGGUCAAAAAGGAAUGAUGAGAGCAUCCUAGGUGAACUGAAGAUGGUACAAGCUACAGGCCACUGGACUUCUCCCCCAAUUCCUUCUGUCCUCAUUAAUUAAGAGGGAUCUGGGGCAGCUAGAUGGCACAGUGGAUAGAGCACCGGCCCUGGAGUCAGGAGUACCUGAGUUCAAAUCGGCCUCAGACACUUAACACUUACUAGCUGUGUGACCCUGGGCAAGUCACUUAACCCAAUUGCCUUACUAAAAAAAAAAAAAAAAAGAGGGAUCCAGGAGAACACCUAGCAAGGGGGGCAAAGGAGCUGCAGCUGUGGUUGGUACACAGGACUCUAGUUUUAUUUUAAUAUUAAAGAUUUCAUCAAGAUCAAAA